AUCGGAUUAUCCAAACCGGAUUCUUCAUCUUCGCCACCCUGUACGUCACGAGAAUCAUAUCAGUGUCGGAAAUCUUCAAUAAUUUGGUACAGAAUCUAUUUGAUAAAAUGUCAGCAUUCACGAAGUGGGUUACAGCUGAUGGGUCUAGUGGACACAAAGCGGAAGCUGGGAGGUACCACUUGUAUUUUUCAUGGGCUUGCCCUUUCGCUCAUCGGGCAAUGAUCGCAAGGAAGCUGAAAGGUUUGGAAGAUGUCAUAUCAGCUUCAACAACGGAUCCGGCAAAAGAUGAGAGGGGAUGGGCUUUUCUCAAGAACAAGGAUCCAGUCAACAACUGCUCUUUUCUUAAGGAGAUUUACCAAUUAGCUGUUCCAAACUUUGACGGUCGAGUUUCGGUUCCCGUUUUAUGGGACAAGAAGGAGAAAACGAUAGUUAACAAUGAGUCAGCAGAGAUUUUGCGAAUGUUAAACAAAGAAUUCAACAUGUUCUGCAAAACGAAAGAGCAGGCAGAGUUGGAUCUCUACCCAGAUAGCCUUAAAUCUAAAAUCGAUGAAGUCAAUGAAUGGGUUGCACCUUUAAUUAAUGGUGGUGUGUACCGCGUUGGUUUUGCAACAACACAAGAAGCCUACGAUGCAAGUGUAAACAAACUGUUUGAAGGGCUUGACAAGGCAGAAGCAAUACUUGCUAAAAGCAGAUACCUUACUGGUAACACCCUAACAGAUGCAGAUGUGCGGUUAUUUGCAACAUUGGUCAGAUUUGAUACAAUUUAUCAUGGCUUAUUUAAGUGCAACAAGAAAAGAAUAAUGGACUACCCAAAUUUAUGGGACUAUGCACGAGACAUUUACCAACAUGAUGGUAUUGGCAAAUCCACAGUAGAUAUGGAAUAUUCUAAAAUUUCGUAUAUGAAAGGUAUGCUGCAUAUAAAUCCACAUGGAAUUGUUUCAGCUGGUCCACAUGUUGAUUUUGACAUUCCACAUGACAGAAAGAAAACUUUCCCUGGAUAGAGGGAAUAUUGCUUCACAAGCUGCGCAACAACAGAUGCCAUAAAAAGUGCUUUUAAAAUUCUCUAGCAGACUAUAAUGCUUAACGUACACAUUACUACAAUUUUUAUGCAGAAAUUUUUAACACCACAUAUGCAGAAACGCUUUAAUUAUUUUUAAUAAGUAAGAAAUAUAUAAUUUGCAAAGUCUGACCUAAAUGGUACUGAAAAUCAAUGGUAUUUAAAAAUUUUGAAGUCAGAGUCAGAGCUGAAGAAAAAAAAUUCUUUUUAAA